UGAAAAGUCUUGCGCAUGCGCACAAAGCCCACGCGUUCAUGUGUUUCCUACGUCGGCUCUGGUGGAGGUCAUAGUGAACCGUCAAAAAGCUGGACCCUGACACACUGUUGCCAUGGCGAAGCUGUUCGAAUCCAUUGGGAAGUUGGGAUUGGCCUUGGCCAUCGGAGGAGGCGUGGUUAACUCUGCCCUCUACAAUGUUGAUGCUGGACACAAGGCAGUCAUCUUUGACCGGUUUAGAGGAGUUCAGGACAUCGUGGUUGGAGAAGGAACACACUUCCUGAUUCCUUGGGUCCAGAAACCCAUCAUCUUUGACUGCAGGUCUCGACCACGCAAUGUUCCUGUCGUCACUGGAAGCAAAGAUCUGCAGAAUGUGAACAUCACUCUGAGAAUAUUGUUCAGGCCUCUAGCAGGUCAGCUACCGAGGAUCUUCACCAGCAUUGGUGAGGACUAUGAUGAAAGAGUGCUUCCUUCCAUCACCACUGAAGUGCUGAAGGCUGUAGUGGCCAGGUUCGAUGCAGGAGAACUUAUUACACAGAGAGAGCUCGUGUCCAAGCAGGUCAGUGAAGAUCUGACCGAGAGAGCGUCCACCUUCGGCCUGAUCCUCGACGAUGUCUCACUGACACAUCUGACGUUUGGUAAAGAGUUCACAGAGGCUGUGGAAAUGAAGCAGGUGGCCCAACAGGAAGCUGAAAGAGCGAGGUUCGUUGUCGAGAAAGCAGAGCAGCAGAAGCAGGCGGCCAUCAUCUCAGCAGAAGGUGAUUCUCAGGCUGCGCUACUCAUCGCCAACUCUCUGGCCGUGGCAGGAGACGGCCUGGUGGAGCUGAGGAAGCUGGAGGCAGCCGAGGACAUCGCCUUCCAACUCAGCCGAUCACGCAACGUCACCUACCUCCCCCCGGGUCAGGGCACACUGCUGCAACUGCCCCAGUGAGGCACAUACACACAAACAAACAUGAACCCACACACUUCAGUGCACUUCCCCUUCCAGGAAAACUUGAUGAAGGAGGCAUGGCAGGGAGAAAGAGCAGCAGCUGAAGAGCCUACACGCGACCUAUUCAGAGAUGGCCAGCUGUCCCCUCUGUUUUAUUAGUCUCACUAUCUCUCUCUCUCUCGCUCACUCUCUCUAUGGCUGAAGUUAUGGACUGGAGAUUUUCCACCAGUGAAAUGGAGUCAAAGUGUGGAUCGGGAACGCAGCAGCUCUGCAGUGUGUGUGUUUGUGUUUUGUGAAAUGUAACGUAACAUGUUUAUGUAUUAAUGACUAAAGCAGCAAACAUCCUCAAGACAGCCCUGGAGUCUUCAAGAAUAAGAAAUUGGAGAAGUCAAAGCUAGUUAAUAGUUGGUGAAAUCAGUUCAUGUGUAAGUCUCACUCUUUAUCCCUGUUAGCCUGACUGGUUUGUUUUUUUCUGUAUUGUUUUUCUAAUUGUGUGGCAGAAAGCACACGUGUUCCAGAAGUCACAAAUUGGUAAAUUGAAAACAUUUCUACUGAAAUGUAAUGAAGCUGUCAGUUUGAAUCUGAAUAAACUGCAAACGAGCUUUGGUUCCUAGGCUCGGUAAGGAUCAACAGUCA